UGGGCCCGUCGUUCCCUGCUGCAUUCGAAGACCGCGGACCAAUCAGAGAGGGAAAAGGCGGAGCUUGGGAGUCGCCGGUUGCCGCGGGGUCAUUCGCUCAGUCCCAAUUAAGGCGCCGCCUGGUCUCCUCUCCGCAUCCCCUCCACUCCUGUGGCAGGAUGACCCGGGACGUGGGCCUUGAUGACGAACUCCCAGACUGGGCUGGAGCGAAGGAGUUUUACCAGAAGUAUGAUCCUAAGGACGUCAUUGGCAGGGGUGUGAGCAGUGUGGUCCGGCGCUGCAUCCACAAACAGACAGGCCAGGAGUAUGCGGUAAAGAUUAUCGAGCUAACCCCGGAGCGCAUGACCCCCCAGCAGCUGGAGGAGGUGCGCCUGUCUACAGGCAAAGAGAUUGAGAUUUUGCGGCAGGUCUCCGGUCAUCCCUACAUCAUUACUCUUAUAGAUUCCUAUGAGUCAUCCACCUUCAUGUUCCUGGUAUUUGACUUGAUGAGGCGUGGAGAGCUUUUUGACUAUCUUACCGAGAAGGUGACCCUUAGUGAGAAAGAGACCAGGUGCAUCAUGCGAGCCCUUUUGGAGGCCGUGAGCUACCUUCACGCGAACAACAUCAUCCAUCGGGACCUCAAGCCCGAGAACAUUCUCAUGGACGACCAGCUAAACAUCAAGCUCUCCGAUUUUGGCUUCUCCUGCCACCUGGAGCCAGGAGAGAAACUGCGAGAACUCUGUGGAACUCCUGGCUACUUGGCCCCAGAGAUCCUUAAAUGCUCCAUGGACGAGACUCACUCUGGCUAUGGGAAGGAGGUGGACCUCUGGGCCUGCGGAGUCAUCUUCUUUACCCUCCUGGCUGGCUCCCCCCCUUUCUGGCACCGCAAGCAAAUGCUGAUGCUUCGGAUGAUCAUGGAGGGGCAGUACCAGUUUGGUUCUCCGGAAUGGGAUGACCGGUCCGAUACAGUCAAGGACCUGAUCUCUCGAUUGUUGCAAGUGGACCCAGUGCAACGCUUGACCGCUGAGCAGGCGCUCCAGCACUCGUUCUUCCAGCGCUGCGGCAGCCGUGAGCUCCAGCACUUCAGCCCCUUCCACAAAUUCAGAGUGGCCGCGUGGACGGUCAGGGCCUCCAUCCGCAUAUUCUCCAACUACCGACGGGUGCGGCCGGUCACCAAGGAGCUGCUGAUGUCCGACCCUUACGGGCUCAAGGGGGUGCGCAAACUGAUCGAUGCCUGCGCCUUCCGCAUCUACGGACACUGGGUCAAGAAGGGCGAGCAGCAGAACCGGGCCGCUCUCUUUGAAAACGUCCCCAAGGCCAUCCAGCUGGUCUUGCUCAGCGGAGAGGGAGAGGAGCCCCCGUCAGCUGCCGUGGACGACCUUCCCAACUAGAGACCAGAUUGCCACUCCUGGGACAACUGGGAUCGCAGGGUCUCUGAAAGCCGUGGAGGAGGAAGGAGGGAGCUGCUUGGAGAACGGCUCCCCCCCCCCCUUCCUGGCGGACUGGCAAGUUGUGGAGACCUCUUGGGAGGGGAACAUUUGCCCUUGCAUGCAAAGGGGUCCAACCCUGUGGGGAACCAGGGAACUUGCCUUCAGGAUCACGGGGUCCUGAGCAUGUAGCCGGCAGGAGUGAGGGACCUUAGAUCUGCCUGGAGCCAAGAACACAGAGUGUCCAUAUUGUUUGGAGAUGUUAGGGUUACAGAGAUGUGGGGGGGCCGUGGGGGGAGGGAGGGGUGUGUGGCAGUGACUUUUUCUACAUCUCUUCCCACAGCGAGGAGAUACCCCGUCUCCCACCCAUUCCAGCUGCCAAAUUCCCCUACUGCUGUGUGAAUGGAUGUCGUGUAUGGUCAAUGCUGGUUGGCUGCUGGCCCAGAGGGGAUGGGAGGAGGUACCAGGACUGGACACUGCAGCCCUCUGCUUCUCUGCUAAAGGGAACUGGGUUGGGCCCUUCUGUCUGCCUCUUUGUUUGCAUCCCCCACCUCUGCCUGUGUCGUCAUUGGAAUAAAAAUGGAAAUGUGGCCCAA